UAGUUUCUUUCGCAAAACAAAAAUUCUAAACCAAUUGUAAUAAGUGAGUGGAAUAAAGCAAGAAAUACAAUUAUGAUUUAAAUUAUAGUUUCAAAACAGUUAAAUUAAGUGACGGAAGUCAGUAGUAAUCAGUCCGUGACACUAUAAUUACAGAAGCUUUCAAUCAAAUUAGCUUCCCUUUGAUCGGGGAUGAUCGAGAAGUGCUAUAUAAUUUCCGGGCUGCCUUGCAAAUUCUUUUUAAGUGCAUUGCUGUGGAUUAAGUAAUAAUUCAGGACCGGGAGCUAGGUUAAAUUCGCAGGAUUAUAAUAGCUGGGCUUAGAUACCGACAUGAACGACCCGUGGGAUGUAAAAUCUGUGCGCCGCUCGCACCAGUACCAAUCCUUUAUGAAGAUAAAUGGUGUGCCGCUGCUGCCGCCAGUGUUAUCAAAAGAGUGCAGAAAGGAAAUGCAAUAUUACAAACUGUUGGCUAAAGAAGUUGAGAAAAGGAUCAAAACUUUGCGACCAUAUUUGGAUAUGGAACCAGUUGAAGUGGUCUCUGGAGCUAUGGAGCUUUCAGAGGCCAAAGACAAAGUUGAUGAUGCUUCAUGCCUUCUUGAAGGGUACUGCCAUCCCACUUCUCCUCUUAAGGAAAAUGUGUACAAUGCUAUCAAUUCUAAUGCCACCUUAAAAACCACUGAUCCAUUGGACAAAACCAUGGACAUGAUGUUUGGGAUUAAUGUGAGCAUCAAAAAUACCACCAAGUGUGAAAACAGCAAUUCAAAAAUAGGUACAGCUACCAUUGAAUUACCAGAAAGAGAUUAUAACUGCCCAAAAAAACCAGUGGGCAUGCUUUUGAAUGAAUUAAACCAAUCUAUAAAGAAUUCAGAUUCAGAACGGAAACCUUUGGUAAAAAAGAAAGGAGGUGGAGAAGUAUUAAGAAAAAAGGAUAAAGGUAAUUUAUUAGGGAAAAACACAGUAGUGACAAAAGCUUCUACAAAAACAGAAUCAGAAAUACAUAAAACUUUAGAAGAACUGGACAUGAUGCAGACAUUAAGAAAAGAGGACACGGAAAUUAGCGACAUUUCAUCAAGCAAAGUUGAGUGUAACCCACUACCAAAUACAUAUUAUAACAAUACUGAGGAAGAAUUCAUACCAUUUAAAAUAGAAGGAACAUCAUUGAGAAGUUUUACAGGAUCAUUGCAUGAUAUUAAUGCUGAUUGUUCAAAAGAUUCAUCCUCCCCACUGGUGCGCCAGAGGUCCUAUACUGUACUCAAACCAAGUCCUUUGCUAAUCCAACAUUUGGAGUUACAGGCCAGAAACAUGGGAGUAGAUUUCAAGUUAAUAUCUAUGAGUGAAUCGCUUUCCAACAUCCCCCAGUUGAAAAAAAAGAAGAGACGGAGAAGCUGGGAUCUGGAGACAGCAAAAAGCCAAUGGUCUUCAAUGGCUUUGGACCUUAAGAAAAAUACUGGUCAAGGAAUCACCUCACAUAGCAUUGCCAAAACGUGUGCCAAGCAACAAAUUCCAUCCUCAUACACUGCAAGCAAAUAUAGGAAACCAAUACCAAAAUACUCAAAAUCACCCAAAUCUGAUCCUAUUCAACGAUCUAAAUUUGGACUUAGUAAAAUAAAUGUACCACUAAAAAAUAAUUUAAGAGACAGCCAACCUGACGCAGCCAUGAAUAAAAUUAAUAAAAAUGAUGGGUCUCCUAAACCUCCCACACAAAUAAAAGAAUCAUCACCCAAAAUCAGUGAUACAGCGACCUCAGCAGCCAACGACCCUGCCACCAAAGUACGGGAACUAUAUGAAAAGAUCCAGAAACAGCAGUUAGAUCAAAUGGCCUGCUUGGUGGAAAAACAAAAGCAGGAACAGAUACUUCUCCAGCAAGUUUUUGAUGAACAAAAUAACAUGCUUUUCAAGCAGUUGAAAAGCAUAUGCCCAGAACCUACUGUAGAAAUAAAACAGGCUUGGUGCGAUAAGGAGUAUAAUGCGGAGAGAGGUCCGGUUAGCUUGAGUGAGUUGAUUAACCAUACGCCUACUGCGAGCGGACAGCAGAGUCCAGUCGCCAAAACGCUAGUUCCUCAAAGUCCCGUGUCCAUCUCGCCAAUGUCGGCAUUUACAUUCCCUGGCAACUAUUCUCAUUGCGGAGAUAAGCUGAAGCGAAGCGGCCACAAGAGCAAUGUAAAUCAUUAUCAUAACGCAAGACCACAAACCAAAGUUGUGACUGAACACAAUUCUUCCAGAAAAUUGAAUUAUGACAACAGCGGUAUGACUUCUGAUAACGAGCUACUGUUGACAGACCAAACGAACGAUACGAUGGCCGAUCUAAACGUGUCGUUUCCUACAGACAAUAGUGAAGAAAAUAAUUCUUGCAAAAAUAGUACUUGUCAAGUCGUCUCAAGCUCGCCUGGGACUGUCCACCGAAGAAAUAUUAUUAGUAAUACAAAAUGCACAAAUAAUGCAAUCAGGUCUUUGGAAAACUCUAUACAGAAAACAAUGCACGCCAUGACAGCUCUCACUAAUCAAAGAAAGUUGGUCAGUUGCACCACACAACAGCGAGAAGCAGCAACAAAGAUCGUGGCUUAUGCCAAAGGCUACCUAGUCCGACGUCUGAUGCGGACAGAACGCGUGCAGGCGACAGUGGCGACAAUUCACGACGCGCUGCUCUGCGCCUUGCAGUUGCACCAGGACAGGGAGGGCAUUCGAGGAGCCGACGUUGACUUGCACAGGCGGCUUAUUCAGCAGAUAACUGCCGCGUGCUACAACCUGCACGAUACGUUCAUAACGAGCAGCCCGGCAGAGCGGUGCUCCGUGAUCGCGGCCGACCGCGCCCGGCGACGCGUCCUCGCCACUAGACCGACUUCGCGAGUUUCGAGGCCAGAGGAGCCUGCUUACCCCAAGUUCGGGCCGUACCCGCCCAGUCGCCGGCCGUCCGUAGCCUCGAUCAUGACGCAAGCAACCAAUGGGACCGUUAAAAUCGAGAAAUCACGGGCAGUAUCACGUCGGCACGACACGUCCCCGAUACGACGUGCGUGGCGCUAACACGCGGGCCUGAUGCGCUUUAUCACCGCUGGGCGCCGUCGUCGAGUUGUUGUUGAUUCGACGGCUAACUCUCACGCUUUUAUCAUUGUUAUUUUUAAUAUAUCUCUGUUGUGAGUAGUUAGUUAACUUACGCACGGUUUAUAAAUUAAAUAUGGCGUGAUUUGAGUGUUUUUAAACGCUAGAAAGACGUGGUAAUAGUUUUUAAAUCAGGAUUUCUUUGGAUGAAUAUUUUACAAACAAAUCUGAAGUAUAACGUUGCAAACGAUGGGGAUUUAACAACAUUUAGUUUAUUAUUAUAUGACAGGGAAGUUUGGAACAAUUAAGCUUUUAUACGUAGAUUUUGUUGGUUCAUUUCACAAUUACAAAAUUCCUAGUACAAAGAAACUAUCAUACAAUUUUUUUCCCUAUAGACUAUCGAGCACGUCCACUUUAUGACAACCUCGGGAGCUCAUUACAAGACGCAGCAAAGUGUGUCAAGUUAAAAUUGUAUAAAAUAUGGGGUGCAAGAGAAAUAAAGGAGUAUAUUGUGCAUUCCUGUAUGAGAUACCUAAAACAAUACGACCAUGAUAUAACAAAAUCGAGAUAACAAAAACGACCCUGUAAACCGAAUUUAUAAACUUGUCCCCCUGAGAUGCUAACGAGAUAGUAGACACCUAUUCAUUUUAUUUUAUUAUUCAUAAAUUUGACUGCGUCAAUAACUAUAUUAACAACCACUACACUAUCGUCAAAGUACGUACUAACUUCUAUUAAAAUUUAAAAGCUGAGUAGAACGGUGUAAUACCAUAGUUCACCACCUUAUUUUUUUUAAGUACAAUAGCGGAGGGGAAAAAACUUAUGGUUUGUUAUGUAGACCAAUAGCGUAGAAAUAAUAUCUAUUAGAUGCUUGCUGCAAGACUCCUCUAUGGUAGAUGCGCUCGUCAGCCGUGGAACAUCUUUCGUAUUUCUCAAUAUUACCGUAGUACUUGGACACCGUGCAAUCUCCUUACUGUAGUUGAUCUAAUAAAAUUAGAGAUAGUUUAAAUUUGUUGUAACAGGACAAAAUUCAUAAAACUCGUAAUUCUUCCAAAGCUUUUAGAUUAACGCAUUGAGUGUAAAUGCUGGCUAAUUAAUAGAGACUGUUACUUUAUACACCAUUUUAAAAUCAUCUUAAUACGUUUUGAAAUAAUUGAAGUUUCAACUAAACAACAUUCUCUACUUAAUGGUCAAUUAUCGUAAUAUUUUGUAGUCACACUUUAUUAUAAGGUUCAAUUCACACAGCAAGCCGACCCGCAUGGUGAGCUAUAACAAAAAAUAUCUUUAUUUGAUUUUUAGUGCGGGACUUAGUCAUGUAUAAAACGUAUUUUAAUUACGUCGACGUUCCGGACGUAUUGCAAACGUCUAUGGUCUCUAAAGGGACGGGUGGCAACAUCUUCUAGCUGUGCUAGUUUUUCUAGUUACCCGCACUUGGUCUUCAUUAUUUAUUUGUGUACUAGGGUUGUCACUAGACCGACACACAACACUCACGACAUCCGGCGACUUGGGCGAUAC